AUGUUGUUGGUCUUGCUGCUUUGCCUCGCCACCCUGGCUGUUGAAGCUCAAGGAGAUGAUGAUAUAUGCGCUAUCUGUACCCGGUCAGGGAGCGAAUGCAUCGAGCCGGAUGGCCGUACUCCGUACUGCGGCGGGCCUCUCUGGCCACAGGACAGGAAGAAGCGGAACGCGCUGGUCAAGCCGCCGGUCCGCUGUGUUCUUCCCAAUCGGAAGGGAAAGGCCGGGCAAACGACGCCUGGUUUGAUGCAGACACCCCAGCAGUCACUGUACCCGUCCCAGACGCACAGCGUU